CAAUAACAAUAACAAUACAAUGUUUUUAUUAUUGUUAUUAUACUCGAAAAAACAACGCCGGGUGAUAGGUACCUACGUAGAUGAUUUUAGUGAAUGUGUUACGGACUCGGCGAUAAUCACAUGCAAAAACGAUAAAGUUAAUACUGUACUGUGAACCGAUGCCUGAUUGGCAAUUAACAUAAGUAUAUAACCUAUAACCACUUCUAACACUUGUCGCUAAAUCGCAGUAAUUGCACGUCUUUUCAGAGACAUUUUCCGUGACUUCCGUAGACGAUUUAAAAUAAUAUAGUAAUCAUUUUUCGUCAAAGCGGUGGUCAGCGGAUUAGCACGCUUCCAGUUAUCACAUUCAGUAAAUCAUAAUUGUGGGUAAUUAAUAUUGAUCAAUAUUGGUGGUAAGAUGUUUAGCGUGGCGGCCGUUCAUAGUGCGUUUCAAGAAGCUCUAGUCCAGGACGAGGAUGUUGGCGUGAAAAACUAUGUGUUGGCCUAUCAGGAACUUUGCAAAUUCUGUUCCCAGCUGGGGGGCUUGUUCAGUUUCGUUGUCAACGAUCUAGAGGAUAAGAUCGGAUGCCUAAAUAAUCUAGUAACUGAAGACGAACAACAUUUUUCCACUGUACAAAAUAUGUUAAACCAUGAGAUUUCCAAUGAAUUGGUGUUUUCUGGUCGUUCUGGCUCUGUUACGUUGUUAAGAUUGCAUCGCGGUCUUGAAUUCAUUAUUUUAUUCAUGUCUAAACUGCUUCAACUUCAACCUAAUGAUAGCACAAGAAGCUCAGCUCAAGAAGCAUAUAGCCAAACAUUGGCUAAACAUCACACCUGGCUUAUAAGGAAUGGUGCUUUGUUUGCCAUGAAUUUCUUACCCUGUCAAAGAGUCUUGUAUAAUCAAACUAUUGGCAAUACUUCUAUAGAAGAAACUUUGAAUUCAAUGCCUGAAAUGAUUUCCAAGGCUUCUAUGGUACAUAAAAGAGUGAACAAUCUACUUUCAGACUAUGAAAUUCUGAAUAUACCAUGAAAACAUUCAAAUUGACUGUGCUAUAAAGUACUUAGUUUCUUGGUACUAUUUUAAAUUCAUAUAUCAGAUACUUUGUAUGAUCUUUAUUGAAAAGUAUACAUAGUAAUAAUUCCUAUUGGUUAGCUAUUAUUUGAAAACAUUUUAGUAAAUGUAAUUGUGUAUUUCCUUGGUCAUUAUGGGAUAAUUCUAGCUUUACAUUUCUAUUAUUUAUUUAUUUUAUUGCAUUUAUUAUAGCAACUCGUAUGUUAUACCUGGAAUUACCUAUUUAAAAAUGUGAAGUAAGUAUUCAAUUUCUGGUAAAAACACUACAAACUAUUCUCAUCAUGAACAGCUUAUCAAACUAUUUAUUAAUUUUAGUACACCUAAAUUUUCAACAUAUGAAAUAAUAAAAUAUAUCUGGUUUCCAUUAAAAAAAAAAAUUGUAAAUGUUCAUGAUAGAAAGCUUAUGUAAUUUCAUAAUGACCAAAAAAAAAAAAUUAUUAUUUACGAUCAUUAAAGAUAAUUAUUAUAAUAUUAAUAUUUUGCUCAAUCAACUAAAAAAAUCUAAUAUCAGAUUAAUAAUUAUAAUCAUAAUUGUAUACAUUAAGUCUUACAUUUUAAUAGUUGAUAUUUAGUUUAAAAAUUAAUAAAUAUUGAAACGAUUUAAAAAAAAAAAUGAAACCAUAUUACUUACAUACUGUAUUAAUAUACAUAGUCUCAAAUGUAUUUAUGGACCUAUUAUAUUUUUAUAAAUCCUGAUUUAUUAUUAUUUAAUAUUUUGUUUCUAAUAAUAUUAUAUUAGUUGUUUUAUUUAUAUUCUGAUUAUAUUUAUUUAUAUGUUAUUCUGUAA